AUGCCUGAGCUUUUAAGGUAUGCUAAAUUAGCUAUAGAGAAAGGACUUGCACAGGGUCGUGAUGGAUCUUAUAUAAAAGAACUUUUUGACUAUAUAGUUCCAGCUUUAGUUGAAGCUUUACAUAAGGAGCCUGAUACAGAAACUUGUGCAAAUAUGUUGGAUGCUUUGAAUGAAUGUCUAGAGAUUUAUGGACAAGUUUUAGAUGAAAAUCAAGUGAGAAGCAUUGUUGAUGAAAUAAAACAGGUGAUUACAGCAAGUUCAAGCAGAAAAAAAGAAAGAGCUGAAAGGACAAAUGCUGAAGAUUUUGAUGCAGAAGGAGAGCUUCUUAAAGAACAAAAUGAGCAAGAAGAAGAAGUCUUUGACCAAGUUGGUGAAAUUUUGGGAACUUUGGUGAAAACAUUUAAAGCUUCCUUUUUACCUUUCUUUGAUGAGUUAUCAUCUUAUAUAAUGCCCAUGUGGGGCAAGGAUAAGACAACAGAAGAGAGACAAAUUGCUAUUUGCAUCUUUGAUGACAUGGCAGAGCAGUGUCGCGAAGCUGCUUUAAAAUAUUAUGAUACAUAUAUCCCUUUCCUUCUUGACGCAUGCAAUGAUGAGAAUCCAGAUAUCCGACAGGCAGCUGUAUAUGGACUUGGCGUGUGUGCAGAACAUGGUGGCUCUGUAAUUAAACCUCUUGUUGGAGAGGUUCUUUCAAGGCUAAACUUUGUAAUAAGACACCCAAAUGCCCUCCAGCCUGAUAAUAUAAUGGCAUACGAUAAUGCGGUUUCUGGUUUAGGAAAAGUUUGCAUGGGUGGGGUGGAUUGGAGAUUGCAGUUAAGCUUCUAUCUAAGACUUCAUGCCAAGGACUUGAUGAAUUUAAGCUAG